ACAGGAUCACUAUGAGUUUCAAGAAUAAAGUUGUGAUAGUGACGGGAGCCAGCUCGGGUAUUGGGGCCUCGGCAUCGAUAAUGUUCAGCAAAGAGGGCGCUCACGUUGUAAUGGUGGGCCGUAACGAAACCAAACUUGCCGCCGUGGCCGCGCAGUGCUCCUCGCCCCUUGUGGUUCCUGCAGAUGUUGCCAACGAUGACGACGCUCGUCGUAUCAUCGACCAAACCAUUAAUAAGUUUGGUAAGAUCGACGUUUUGGUCAAUAACGCUGGUUUGUCAGUGGAAAAUGGCGGUAUCCUAGGCAACGAUAUGAUGAAAGCUUUCGACACGGUCAUCAACGUCAACCUUCGAGCGGUCGUUCAUUUAACCAUCUUGGCUGCCCCGUAUCUGGUCAAAACGAAAGGAAAUAUAGUAAACAUAUCGAGUAUUUCUGGAAUUAUGCCUCCUUUUGGUCCCGGUAUGACAAAUUACUACGUCUCUAAAGCAGCACUGAACCAUUUCACUGUUAGUGCUGCAACUGAGUUGAGCCCUCUCGGUGUAAGAGUAAAUACAAUAAGUCCUGGACCGGUUAGAACUGAUUUUAUGGAGAAUGCUAAAUCAGCUUUAACGUGGGACGAUUUUCCGCCGAUGACUCUUCUUAAUAGAGUAUCUGAGCCGGAAGAAGUAGCUGAUUUGAUAUUAUAUAUGGCGAGUGACAGAACAAAGUCUGUCACGGGAUCUAAUUACGUGACCGACAACGGUAUGCUAAUUAAACGGGGUUAAUGUAAUAUGUACGUAUGUUAUUCUUUGUGA